AUGAGCAUUUUAAGUGAAUUGCAAUUAAAAUUAUCGCCCUCAAUUAGGUUUAUGACAAAAAGUUUUAUUUUUACUAAGCGACGGCUAAAAUUUUUUAGCACUACAUCUAGACCUUUCUGUAGUAAGAAUGGCUCAGCGGCCAGUGAUAGUGGCGGUGAGUGGCCAAGACGUGUGGUGUCAGGGCUCCAGCCUACUGGCGAGUUGCAUGUCGGCAACUAUUUUGGUGCAUUGCGGCGUUGUGUGCAACUGCAGGAGCAAGGCGAUGAUGUGAUGCUGUUCAUUGCUGAUCUACAUGCAUUAACAGUUCGCCAGGAUGGUCAGCUGCUGCAAGAGCGCGUUCUAGACAUGGCAGCUCUGGCGCUGGCUGCAGGCUUGGAUCCAGAGCGCAGCGUGCUGUUCGUGCAGUCUGCGGUACCGCGCCACGCAGAGCUGUGCUGGCUCCUGGCCUGUCUAGCCACUAACGCGCGCCUCGCACACUUACCGCAGUACAAAGAGAAAUCCGCCACCAUGAAGGAGGUUCCUAUCGGCCUCAUGCUCUACCCUGUGCUUCAGGCGGCGGACAUCCUGGUGUACCGCGGGACACACGUGCCGGUGGGCGUGGACCAGCUGCAACACCUGCAGGUGGCCUCGCAGCUGGUGCGAACCUUCCGCCACCGGUAUGGACCCGCCUUCCCCACACCGCGACCUCUUCUGCCCGAUGAUGGCAGUGAUAGAAUAAAAAGCCUACGGGAUCCUUCUAAGAAAAUGUCCAAGUCUGAACCAGAUCCUAAAUCAAGAAUAUUGUUGACAGACUCAGAUGAAACUAUAAGUCUCAAAAUAAGAAAAGCUGUCACCGAUUUUACUCCAGAGGUGACGUACGAGCCCGAGCGGCGGCCGGGCGUGUCGAACCUGGUGACGCUGCACUGCCUGGCCGCGGACAAGUUGCCGGAGGAGGCGGUGGAGGAGGCGGCGGGGCUGAGCACGGCGCAGUACAAGCGCGUGGUGGCGGGCGCGCUGUGCGACGCGCUGGCGCCGCUGCGCGCGCGCGCCGCCGCGCUGCGGGCGCGCCCCGCCACGCUGCGCCACGUGCUGCGCCACGGCGCCGCGCGCGCCCGCCUGCGCGCCGACGAGGUGUACGACCACGUGGCCAGCCGAGCCGGACUCACGCACGCACAUCCACACCCAUCUCAACACGAUAAAAUACCACUUUAG